UCGCUGCUGCUGUGCGCGAUGCCGCGAUCAGUGUAGUAUAUGUGUCAGUGAAAGGUCUGUCGGCCGUGGCGUGUUCUCUGCUGGACUGAAGGACUUGUUGAUGUUGAGUUGGCGUUUUGGAUGAUGAGUCGAGGAGAGUCUAGACAUUUUAACGAAAAAAGGAUUUAAACUCAAGUGCUGUUGAUAGAGUGCCAUGACUGUACGCAGAGUGAAUGUGGUCAUUCUUGUGCUACUUGUCAUCGCCUUUUUAAUUAUAUUGCAUCGCAACCUGCUGAAUCUCAAUGAUUUCCUCAAGCAAGAGAGCUCCGCAGACACAGUGCCUGGGAUGGUCCUGCCCUUUGAGACGGACUUCCUGUUGGAUCAUAAGGUCAUCAGGACAGGAGAUGAGAUUCCUGUGGUCAUCACCGCUCCAGAGGAGAGACUGGGAGCUGCCGUCACUGCCAUGAACAGCAUCUACCGCAACAGCAAAGCCAAUGUAGUAUUCAAUAUAGUGACACUAAAUGAGUCCGUGGUCCAUCUCAGAACAUGGUUGAGUAAGACUGACAUGAAACACAGAGUGAUCAUAUUUGAUCCGAAGAUCCUCACAGGAAAGAUUUCCAAUGAUCCUCAGAAAGUGGAGGCAGUGAAGCCGUUGAACUUUGCCCGAUUCUUCUUGCCGGUUUUCUUGCCGGAUACAGAGAAAGUUAUUUACCUGGAUGAUGACGUAAUUGUACAAGGAGACAUUCGAGAGCUUUUCGACACCAGUAUUAAGGUGGGACAUGCGGCAGCUUUCUCCGAGGACUGUGACUCUGCGUCCUUUAAAGGCAUCGCCAGAGGAGCUGGAAAUCAGAACAGCUAUAUUGGUUUUCUGGACUUCAAAAAAGAGGCGAUCAAGAAGCUUGGCAUGAGAGCGAACACUUGCUCGUUCAAUCCUGGAGUCUUUGUGGCCAAUUUAACCGAGUGGAAGCAGCAGAAUAUCACCAGCCAGCUUGAGUUCUGGAUGGAGCGCAACGCCAAGGAGGAUCUUUACAGUAAGACUUUAGCAGACAGCAUCACAACGCCGCCUAUGCUUAUUGUAUUCUACAAGCACCACUCGAACAUUGAUCCAAUGUGGCACGUCCGACACCUCGGGGUGACAGGAGCCGGGAAUCGGUAUUCACCUCAGUUUGUGAAGGCUGCCAAACUUCUCCAUUGGAACGGACAUUAUAAGCCAUGGGGAAGAGCCUCCGCUUUUUCUGACAUUUGGGACAAAUGGUUCAUUCCAGAUCCCACAGGUAAAUUCCACCCAAUCCGGAGACUCGCCGUGGAAAAAUAAACCCUGGUUUGGGAAACACUGAUGCAGAUAUUUGACUUUGUUUGGGGAUGUUAAAAGGAUGUCUUGAUGCAAAAUAUGGGUUCUUCAUGAAACUUAAGAGUACCCAAGAAACUGGACCAACAUUGGAACAGAACAACAGCCAAUAGGCAACAUCUGACACCAGUGCACUACCUCAACACUCACUGUCUAAUUCCUAAGUAAUAACACUAAACCAUUUAUGGUGCAGCUUUUAAAAUCUUCAUUUUGUAUGUUACAUCCAAGUGUUUAGAAGGUUUGGUAUGUUCUCAAAUACUGUUGGGUGAAAUUAUGGACCCCCUCUUUUUUAUUUCAGUAUUUUAGAUUUUAGGCUUGAGACAAAAACUUGUGACAAUGAACAUUUCAGAAUUAUCUGUAUUUGACACUACAGGAACCACUUUCCCCUUGUGUUGUUACAUUUUUAUGGAUGCAUGUUUAUUUUUCCUCUCUCUCACUCUUUCUCCACAUAUCGGCUGUUACUCACCAUUGUCCUCAACUGGAAGGGUAAAAUGUCAAUGUGUACAUAAAGAAAAGUGUUACAACAAAUUGAAUAAAGCUCAGUAUAAGUUUU